AAAAUCCCCCACAUCCAUCAACUUUAACACACAACAAAAUUUUCUCACCCCACCCAUCAUUUUUCAUCAAACAUCACUCCACCGUCCGAUCAAAUUUCCAAGGUUUCAAAUGGCAGAGCAUUACCAACAACAAUCACAGUAUCCGCAGGGCCAACAACAACAACAACAAUCCCGGUCCCAACAAGUGGUGAAGGCCGCCACGGCCGUGACGGCCGGAGGAUCGCUGCUUAUCCUCUCUGGUCUGAUCUUAGCAGGAACGGUGAUAGCUUUGACCAUAGCAACCCCGCUGUUCGUCAUCUUCAGCCCGGUUCUUGUCCCAGCCGUGAUCACGGUCUCGCUAUUGGUUGUGGGAUUCUUGGCUUCAGGCGGAUUCGGCGUGGCGGCGGUGACGGUGUUGUCGUGGAUCUACGGCUACGUGACCGGAAAGCACCCGCCUGGUGCAGACCAGCUGGACCAAGCGAGGCACAGGCUGGCUAGUAAGGCUCGGGAGAUGAAAGACAGGGCCGAACAGUAUGGGCAGCCGCACGUGACUUCGGGUCCGCAGCAGCAGGCUCCUUGAGAUGGAACCUAGCUGAACCUCCAACGCACGUGAUCUGCGCAUGAUGCAAAAUGUGGAGUUGAAACAAAGAGUUUGGUGUUUGGAAUUGUUGUUGUUGUUAUUGUUAUGUUAUUGUAUGCAUUUUGUGAGUUUGUGUUAAUUUUGUGGGUCCGGGGUCUCUCUUGUAUAAGUCUAGCUAUGUUAGAAAAUCAAUGCUAGUAGACUUUCAAUUUUA